AAAUGCCUCCUGCCGGAGGUUGUACGCGGGGAUCGUGCGAUCCAUGGCCCUCUACGGCGCCCCUGUGUGGGCGCCGAACCUGAUGCGGCGGCCAGCUCGGGCGCUGCUCACAUCUCAGAGGGUCAUGGCCAUCCGGGUGAUCCGUGGAUAUCGCACGAUCUCCGGGGAGGCGGCGAACCUCCUUGCCGGAUUACCGCCGUGGGAUUUGGAGGCGAAGGUGCUCGCGCACGUGUUCAGUUUGCGCGCCGACGCGUGCCGCCGGGGCGAAACUCCACUGUCGCGCCAGAUCAGUGCGUGGCGGGACGAGCUCCGGCGCGAUCUCAUGGCGGAAUGGCAGCAACGACUGUCGCAACCGAGGGCUGGGCUCGCUGUCAUCGCAGCGGUAAGUCCCCUCUUUGAGGAGUGGCUAGAGAGGCGCCACGGCGUCCUCACCUACCGCCUGACGCAGGUGCUUACCGGACAUGGGAGUUUCGGUAGGUUCCUGUUCCUUAUUGGGCGGGAGGAAACGCCCGGGUGUCAUCACUGCGAGGACCGCCCGGAGGACACGGUAGAACAUACGGUGGCGGUGUGCCCUGCGUGGGCUGAGUACCGCCAAGUCCUCAGGGAUGUGGUCGGCGACGGCGACCUCUCGCGCCCGGCACUGGUUCAGGCCAUGGUGCGGAGCGAGAGGGACUGGGAUGCCGUCUCCUCUUUCUGCGAAGCAGUCAUGCUAGCUAAGGAGGAGGCGGGGCGCGUGAGAGAACAAACCUCCUCACGCCCCAGCCGUCGCGAGAGACACUCCGGGCGUCGGGGAUCGCGGGACGAUCUCCGGCCACCGUAAGUGCGGGCCUGCGGGCGGCGAGUAAGGGUAGCUCACCGCCCGAACAGAACCAGACCCGUGCGUACGGCGCGUAGCGUUCCGCGCGCGCCUCAAAGAGCCAUCAGACCACCACAGAUGGGGCCCAGUAGGGCUGAUGCCUGAUCCGGAGCUGCGGACUACCUAGCGGGUUUACCGGGGCUCCGGCUCGAAAAGCAGGAGAAGGAACGGGGUGGUUUUUAGUCAGUAAGAGUCUGACACUCCCUCUCGCCUCGCCCAAGGCGAGAGAAGUCAUUGGAUGAUUUUCCCCCCUCAAAAAAAAGCUGUAG